CCAGCUUAAAUGAUUGAUCGGGACAUCGCGGAGCGAGUGAUAAGGGUUCACCUAGGAACGCUGUUUAUUUAAUUGGCACUAAUGGAUCUUUGCAUUGUGCAUGGACGCUACACCUCCUCAGUUUUCCCGAAUCCUAUUACCAUUUGGCCUCCGCCAGCCGUCUUCGCUAGCAAGUCUGCCGUGUUAUGAUACUCAUCUCGCCCUUACACAGUUGUCUGGAAAGCACAUAUCGGAUUAUGUAUUCAUGAUCAAGGUAGGUUGUAAAAAGACCUGCUAUAAGUUAAGAUACAUUUGUUACAAAUGCUGCCUUAUCUUAUUCCGCCCUUAUGGAAACUUGACGACCGAGUGCUGAUUCUUUUAGAGCUGAUGUUUGUUAUUCUCUGCGCGCGUCUCGGCUAAUGGUCGGAUCGUUCCGUAACGACGCGGUUGGCGGGGGAGGGCUAUUGAUCAUAUAGGAUUAACCAGUCGCCAGUUUGUCUUUUUGACGCCACGGUCGGUCGGUUGUAUAACACAUCCCUACAUGCCUGCUAUUAUGUUGUCUCUCUGUGUGUGUAUGUAACACAAGUUGAUUAAUGUUGGCUCGUUAGUGGCUGUAAGCUCUAGGGGAACGUGCCUUUCAAGCUCCGAGCUGAAUAGGCCUGCGAAGUCGAUCAUACAGAUCAUCAUCAUCAGUAAGUUUAUAAGAUGGAAAUUUAUGGGCCAACAGCUGAUUCCCGAUGAGCCGUAAAGAAUGCCUGAUGUGAUGGAAGAUAGUUUUUCUUCUCUUAUUUUUUUGUUGUUUUUUUUUUUUUUGCAGGAUUGACGUCCGUUGUCAGCAAAAAGGGAAAACGUCAAAGCAGAAAAACAGAAGCGAAUAUUAUAGAAUCUUGGCAUUAUAUUGUCUCGAUGUGUUUCUUGGGUUUUGCCGUUCGCCCUACGUUCGAUAUAUUUCCAUCCGGAAGAGAACAGCGAAAGGGAAGAUAUCCUUUGAUCCUUGACAAUGCCUUUUGCCAGUUUAUCGCACUCGGCUUGAUAGCAAGAAUGUAAGUCACUGUUCAGCUCCAAGCGUCUUGGAUGUUUGACUGGUUGCUCUCUGUUGUACGAUGGCUUCAGUCCUACGGGACGACUGGCCUGUCAUCAUCAUUUUCCCGUCCGCUGUCAACUCGUGAGGAUAUUGAAGAGGGGCGUAUGAAAAAAAAAAUGGGAAUGUAAAUACUCCCUUGACGAAAAGGCAAAAAAAGUAAAAGCUCCUGUUUCAAAAAUCGCGAGUUCACCUAAUACGUUGGUCAAUUCGCAGUGGAAUCUGGAGUACAUAAAUGAGUCUUUAAUGUACAGGAUACAAAAACAGCUCCCGAUGAAUUCACCGAUGUAAACGUACAAAAUAAUUCAUUUCGUUCGUAUCGUCAAUUGCGUCUUCAACGCGGAGAAUGUGCAGGAGGAUGGUAAAUAUAGUACAGCCCGGAGCGCAUGUCUGAUUUGAUAUUAAGAUACAGAGAGCGAGAGUCGAAAGAGUAAAAUGCAGCUGGGAUAGCGGGUGAAAUGGCGAAGAACAUCACCAACCCUCCCCAGGAAAUAGGUGGAUGCUGGUGUGACUCUCCUCCGGAAUGAUCUCAGUCGUCCAUCGUCCUACCGACAAGACACACUCAUUUUCAAAUUGUUCCGUCCGUCUAAAGAUUGGGCCGCAGGAAGAAGAGGAAAUGGUUACAGCAAUAGCAAUCAUCUUCAAUCUUCUAACCGUGUCUAGCCAAUCAGUGUCGUCAUCGUCUGGAUGGUCUACGUUUGUCGGGCAUAUGCCGAACGUUACAGUAUCAACUGGCCGGGAGGCAAUCUUCACUUGCAUCAUUGAUAACGUCUACAAUUUUAAGGUGGCGUUCCUUCGAGUAGAUACCCAAACCAUUUUAGCCAUUGAUGACACGGUUAUUACUCGAUCGGCCCGCGUUACGGUCCGUCAUUCUAUCGAUAAGGACGAGCGUCUGAGUACCGGCCAACGCAAAACGUGGCAAUUGUAUCUGAAGGAAGUGACGCCCGCCGACGCUGGCGGUUACAUGUGCCAGUUAAACAAUUUCGAACCGAUGGUCAGUCAAGUGGCGUAUCUUCACGUUACAGUGCCGCCCGACAUACUGGUGAACGAGAGCAGCAGUGACCUGACGGUGACAGAAGGCGAGAACGCAACGCUCAAGUGCAGCGCCAUUGGCUAUCCGGAGCCUAACAUCACCUGGCGCCGUGAAGACUAUCAACCUAUCUACAUCAAUCAAAGUGUGGGAGUGGUGGAAGGUUCAAUUUUAAAUCUAGUCGGCGUUCACCGCCGGCAGAUGGCUGCCUACCUCUGCAUCGCUUCCAAUGGAAUUCCGCCUCCUGUUAGCAAGCGCAUUCUGCUCAGAGUCGAAUUUGCUCCGGUCGUAACGUCGCAUCAAAGUGAAGUCUUUCAGCGACAGGGCGAACCACUGAAACUCCAUUGUCAGUGCCACAGCUGGCCACAAGGAUAUACUUCGUGGACUUACGAAUCUAAUCGGCUUCCCUCAGAGAAGGCGGCUGUUGACUAUCGACCGCAAGUCGGGCUCGUCGCUACGGACAUGUAUCUCAAUAUUGCCGAUAUGCAACCACGGGAUAAAGGUAAUUACACCUGUCACUGUUCCAACAUUCACGGAACAGCCAAUUGGACCAUAUCUGUCGAGGUCGUUGCGAUGGAUGCCGUUCAACAGAGAAGAAUGGCGCACUCAUCGUGGAGUGCGGAACAUCAAGAAGAUGAACACGAAAACUUGGAAAAUGAAGAUGAAUUUUCCAGUCCACCACCAGAAACAACAACAACAACGAGACAAACAACAAUCGUCCAGACGUCAACAACGAGAAAGCCAAUCGACGCUAAUUACCGAGUGACACAAGAAACGAAAAGAAGUGACGACGAUCCGCCUUUCCUGCGCCAACAGAAAAAGGCUGGCAAUAAGGCCGGAAUGCCGACAUCUUUGACGUCAAAGGCUUCAGCAAACAUUAGCAGUCUAUUGCUCUUGUUGUUGUUGAUCACUUUCCUGAUCGAUAAUCAGCAUCCUCUAGCGUGAUGAGCCUCCCUUUUAAAAAGGAAGUAUACAUAUUGAGCUUUUUAUCCUCCUACCCUUUUUUUUUGCGUGUGUGUGUGCGCGUAUGUGUAAAUAGACUAUGGCGAUUGAUUAAAACAAUG